CAUUGCCACCGAUGAAACGAUAUCAUUCAGCAACAACUUGUCUAAUCCAACAUGAGAAGAAGCCUUCUUGUGGCAUUUGGGCUUCUGGCCAUCGCCGCCGUCAGCUCGGCCAGGGAGAUCCGAGAGAAGCGGUCGGCCGACCUCGAGGCAGCCGCGUCCGGCCACCACUGGGACAAGGGCGGCGGCCACGAGCACCACGGCCACCACCACCACGACCACGGCGGCGAGCACCACAAGGGACACAAGGGCCACCACGAGCACCACCACGGCAAGCACGGCCACCACCACCACGAGGGACACAAGGGACACCACGGCGAGCACGGCGGACACAAGAAGCACCACCACCACGACGACGGCUACCACCACCACCACCACCACGGCGAGAAGGGCGACCACGGCCACGGCCACGAGGAGCACGGCCACUGGCACAAGGGACACGACACCAAGGGACACCACGGCGUCGAGAAGCACGACGAGUUCAAGAAGGACAAGCACUUCCACGACCACCACGGCGAGAAGGGCUUCCAUGAGCACCACGGCGGCCACCACCACGAGGGCGGCUACAAGAAGGGCGGCCACUUCCACAAGGGCCACAAGCACGGCGGACACCACGAGCACCACCACGGCAAGAAGGGACACCACGAGCACGGCGGCCACCACCACCACCACAAGGGACACCACGGCGAGGGCGGCCACCACGAGCACCACGAGCACCAUCACGACCAUGACCACAAGGGCGGCCAUGAGGACCACAAGCAUUGGGGACACAAGAAGGGGCACUAAGCUCUUGCUGAAUGUACCUGAACUGAUUAUUGUUGAUGUUAUGUUGUUUACGAGUGUUUUUGUUAUGUUUAUACGACAAAGAAUUACAUU